GACGCUGCAGGAACAGCAGUGGGAUGAUAUGACGGAAACAACAGAGAGCAAAGUCAACAUGGAGGAAUACUUCAAAACGGUGGGGGAGGUGAGAAGCCUCAUUGACAAGAUCUCCUGUCAGGCAGAGGAGGUGCAGAGGAGCCACGGUGUCGUCUUCUCCUCUGCAAACCAAGACCAGACAAACAAACAAAGGCUGGAACUGCUGAACACUGAGAUCAAGAAGAACGCCAACACAGUCCGAGCCAAGUUAAAGUCUAUGCAGAAAAACCUGCCCGUGGAGGAGAACGUUAGAAGAUCAUCUGUCAUCGAGCGAAUAGAGAAGAACCAGCACUCACAUCUGACCCGGAGGUUUGCAGAGGUCAUGCGCGGCUACCAUAACUCCCAGAUGUCCUUCAGAGAGAAAUGCAAGUCACUGAUUCAGAGACAACUGGAGAUCGUGGAUAAAGUGACGACCGACGAGGAGCUGGAGGUGAUGCUGCACCGGGACAGUCUCACCAUCUUCAUAUCUGAUAUCAACUCCGACAGGCGGAUUUCCAGCGAGGCUCUGAGCGAGAUUGAAUCUCGGCAUCAGGAUAUCAUCUGCCUUGAGUCCAGCAUCAAAGACCUGCACGAGAUAUUUACUGACACGGCCAUGCUGCUGGAAAUUCAGGGGGAUCUGAUCAACAACAUAGAGAAGAACGUGACGAGUGCUGCAGAGUACAUAGACGCAUCCAAAGCAGAAACCGGUAAAGCGGUCACGUACAAGAAGAACCCAUAUAAGAUCGCAUCUCUGCCCGACUUCUUCAAACCCUUCAGGAGGCAAAGCACUGCCAAAAGUGCAGCUGAUCAAAACACCUGCGACCUGGACCAUGACUGAGCUCCUGGACCCGUUUGAACAUCGACUGCAUCCAACGUGCUGAUCAACAUCAAAGCCUCGGAAAAAAUUGAUCAUCUGGUUUCCUGUCUGCUGCCUCAGAUGCCUCUUUGAGGAAGAUAUGACGAGGAAACUGUUAUUUUUUUCAAAUUAGCAGUUACUUUGAAUUUUGAAAUGCUUUAAUGAUCACCUGUAAAAUUAAAAUGCAGAGGCUGUGGUUGAACCUCAGCUUGUGACCCGGCCUGUGGACGUCUGAAAGGACACUUCGUUUUGUACAACAGCAAAAAUAAUAAUAAUUUUAAUUGUUGUUACUUGUUUGCAGACCCAGGAUUUGCCCGAUUUCCAUUAUGAUAAUCAAACUGUUUUCUUUUAACACACUAACUCACUCACAAACAGCUUGUGUUGCUCUCAGUGGCCAGGAGGUGGCAGCACAACAUCAGAUGUGACUCAGAACCAUGGUGAUAAACUACUUUGCAGACCUGCCUGUCCUGUUUUUGUAUGAUGUGGUGUUUUUACAAGUGUAAUGCUGGUGAUUCUCUAUGUGGUGAUA